AUGAAAACAGUUGCUGAAUUGAGGAUAGAACACAAUCUUCCAGUACCUGUCAACAAGGAUUCAUUUUAUCGGCCAAUUGAAAGGAAGCCGAAGAAGUUCAACCCAUUGGUUAUUCCGAAGUCACUACAGGAGGCUCUGCCAUUUGCUUCAAAGCCCAAGAACAUUCCUGCUCGAAAGCGGCCACUUCUUGAAAAUAGGCGAGCUGUUGUUAUGAAACCUAAUGAACGAAAACCUUGCAGCCCACGUGAUCAGACAUGGCAAGGAAUGAAAACAGUUGCUGAAUUGAGGAGAGAACACAAUCUUCCAGUACCUGUCAACAAGGAUUCAUUUUAUCGGCCAAUUGAAAGGAGGCCGAAGAAGUUCAACCCAUUGGUUAUUCCGAAGUCACUACAGGAGGCUCUGCCAUUUGGUUCAAAGCCCAAGAACAUUCCCGCUUGA